AUGGAUAGUUUCAAUGAAGAUCUAAAAGUACUAGAUUUAAAUGACGAUUAUGAUCUUUCAGUCCUUAUUGAUAAAUAUGAAAAUACGUUGAAAGAAACAUUACAGCAGCAUGCUCCACAAAAACGACGAAUUAUAACUCUUCGUCCUUUAUCACCAUGGUACAAUGAGGAGAUUGGUCAAGAAGAAAGAAAUCGCAGGAAACUAGAGCGCCGCUGGCGCGCAUCUGGACUAUGUAUUGACAGACAGUUAUAUGUCAAACAAUGUGAGACAGUGAAUGCCAUGAUAAAGAAUGCUAAGACAACAUACUACUCAUCGGUUAUUUCCAGUAAUGCACAUAAUCAGAAAGUUUUAUUUAGUACGGUUGAUAAAUUAGUCCAUCGAAAGCCAGAAAAGCGCUAUCCAACUGCGUCAUCAACGACUGAACUUGUGAAUAAAUUUUCAGAUUUCUUCAAUAAUAAGAUUGCUAUUAUAUGGAAAGAACUAGCCAUCGAUUCUUCCCACUGUAAUCAGCGAAAUCAAGAGGAACAGUAUGCACAAUGCGUUAAAUUCAUUAACUUUCAAGAAGUCACGGAACAUGAGAUUGAAAAUGUUAUUGAUAAA